AUUUCACUAUCAUUCUCUCUGCAUUUAUAAUGAGCAUUACAAUGAGUACCUUCAAAGGUUGCCAGAUUUGUAUGAAAAUCUUGUAUUCAUCUAUAGUUAAUUGCUUACAAUGCUGCAUUGCGUCUUACACAGUAUUGCAUGCAAUGCAGUCUCAUUUUGAUUUUUGAAUCCAGGAAUAUCAAUAUCUAGGUAUAUUUGCAUUUUGCAAUUCCUAGCCUUUGUCAUUUUUUACAAGACCUCCAAAACAGAGUGGGUCAUGGGGUCGUCCGAGAACCAGCCCUCUCCACCGCACAAGAGGCCGCGUCUCAACUCACUCGUCGCCCAGGCCACCAACAUGCCUUGCCUUCAGCCCCAGCAGCCGGCACCCUACUUCAAGACACAGGCCGUGGUAAACGGCGAGUUCAAGGAGGUCAGCUUGGACGACUACAAGGGCAAGUACGUGGUGCUGUUCUUCUACCCGCUCGACUUCACCUUCGUCUGCCCCACUGAGAUCAUCGCCUUCAGCGAGGCGGCCAAGAAGUUCCGUGACAUCAACUGCGAGGUUCUCGCCUGCUCGACGGACUCGCACUUCAGUCACCUGGCGUGGAUCAACACUCCGCGCAAGGAGGGCGGUCUGGGUGAGAUGGACAUCCCGCUGCUGGCCGAUAAGAACAUGGCCAUCUCCCGCGCCUAUGGUGUCCUCAAGGAGGACGAGGGUGUGCCUUUCAGAGGUCUGUUCAUCAUUGACGGCAAGAGCACACUGCGUCAGCUGAUCAUUAAUGACCUGCCGGUGGGCCGGUCGGUGGACGAGGUACUCCGGCUGGUGCAGGCGUACCAGUUCACGGACGAGCACGGAGAGGUGUGCCCGGCCGGCUGGCGGCCCGGCUCCAGCACCAUGAAGCCCGACCCAGUGAAGAGCAAGGAGUACUUCUCCUCGGCCAACAAGUGAGCGGCGCAACUCAGGCGGCAUCUGCCAGACACAGAAGAACCGGUGGUUGUGCCGUCUGCCACUAGAUGGCAGGGCCACCGCGGCGGGGAACCACCGAGUCCUUUCCAUUAUCUAUAGCCAGCUCCGUUUUGUUUUUUUAGUGAUACUCUGUUACCUGGUCAUCAUGUCAUGAAUAAAUGAACGUUUUGGAACGGUGUAA